AUGAAUCCAGAAAUUUGGGGAUCCCUCGGGCCCCGGCCAGCCUGGAAAUGGGGCCAGCUGGCGGGUGAUCGCACAGACGCCCCGCCCCGUCUCGCCUUUUCCUUCGUCCCUGCCCCACCUGGUAUUCCGGGGCCGGAACGUAGUGCUCCCGGAACCUUUGUGCAACGGCGCCUGCCGCGGCCGUCCGGGUUUGCGGGAGGUGACGCCAGGGCGCAGGCGCGGCGGCGCGCGCAUCCUAGUUCUCGACCUCCUCCCACGGUAGUGGCGUUGGUAUCUUUAGGGCUUAGGCCCACUAGGCCCCGAAGCUCGGACCCGCUCCCUCAUGCACCGACCGAGUUUCCGCCCGCCCACGCCGCCCUUCGCGGGCCCCGGACCGGGCUCGUGGGGCGGCAGCGGCGGGUUCAGAAGUCCCCCGGGCUGCCCGCGGCCGCCCUCCCCGCGGGACGGCUAUGGGAGCCCACACCAGACGCCGCCCUUCGGGCCCCGCGCCCGGCCCCGCCACUCCGGCUCCCCGGCCUCGGGCCCCGGCUACGCGGGCCCUGCGCCCGGUUUCUCCCCGGGUCCGCCGCCCAGGCCGCUCCAGGGUUCACCCAGGACAUCUACACCUUUUGGUUCAGCUCGUGGCAAAGAAAAAAGAAUAUCUAAUGAUGUGGAAAACUAUUUCAAACCUUCAAUGCUUGAGGACCCAUGGGCAGGACUAAAACCCAUCUCUGUAACAGAUGUAAACCAAAAAUACAACAAUGAGCAAACAGUAUUUACUGGCAAAAGGGGGAGAUAUUUUAAUUAAUGUUUCUAAAGUUUAAAUGAAAAGGAACACAUCUUAAUUUAAAUUUAAAAAAAAAAAGCCGAACUCUAUAUUCCACUGCCAUCUGGAUACAAACGCUGCCUUUCUGAAGAUUCACCAGCAUUGGAUUUCAAGAUUUGAUAGACUUCCUGCCCCAUAUGGACAGUGUGUUCAACUACUCUUGUUGACUAGUUACUGCCCCUAAAUUUUUUUUAACAUUUGUAGUAAGAGCUUUCUAAGCCUUUGUUUUGUAAUGUUUUCUCCAUAAAACCUAUAAGAUGUACUAGCCACAGGACUCAGAACUCAAGAAAUGGCAUAUUUUGUAAAUAUCAUGCUAUUGAAAACACUCGGUGUGAAUUCUGUGCACCCCAUGUUUCGGAGUUGUAACACGACAUCCCUACUUAUCACCAUCUCAGGAAGGAGCCAUUGUGGUCUGUGUGUGUCAUUAAAUGCACAUUUGAGUGUUCUAUUCAUUCAUUGGGUUUUGGUUUGCUUCAAAAUCCAUGCUUUCAUAAUUAGAUAUCAUUAGCAAAUAUUUGGACUGCAGCUGUUUUUAUACAUGCAGUUUUUUUAGCCACUCUGUAUAAAAGUAUAUAAUGUUUAAAAAUAAAUGGAUGGAAAAAUUCA